AUGGUUCCCCAGUCAAAGUCGUCGUCCUCCGUCCUUCCGUAUGAGGUGUUCCUCAGUAUAGUGGAGUUCCUCAUCGCCGGUAUCGAGGCAGAACAGUACGGCGAGAUUGCAUGGACCUAUUAUCGACAUGAUUUGCCCUGCAAGCUUGUUGUGGGCGAUCUCCACCGAGGGGGCCCCUUUGUGGCUGCGAUGAAAGAAAGACACCGAGAUCCUCGACUGCCCUCGCAGAUCAACCAAAGGAGCCGCAAGAUGGUUUACCAGACCUUUCGACCGGUACCUAUGUGUCGCCGUCUUGUCUCGAGCGGUGCUCUCGGCCACAUCCUGCCCGUCAGCGCUCUCAUCUUGCCAGAAGUCGACGCCUUCGUCCCACACCAUGCUGUAGUCCGGCCCGAUUCUUACUUCAGAGGGGGCUGCUUCUAUCCGGCGUAUCACCCACCCAUCCCGAAGUCACACGCCACUCUCGACCUGAUCCAAAGCAUAUACAUUUCAUCGAUCUGCAGCCUCCGCGCUGACAAGUACGAGGGAAACGAGGCUCUGCUCGCCCUUCCCAAUCUUAGACACAUCAUGGCCCUCAUCGGCCCCGUCAGAAAGAACCUAGAAGAUAUCGAAACUCUCCACGGUGGACGUCGCUCUCUCGCCCUGGAUUACCAGUUGUUCUCCGACUUGCAGUAUUGGGACACGAUGCCCAAGGGUCGGAACUUUUGCUCCAUCUGGCGUAGAUUUCAGGAGAAGGGCAUCAAGCUUUACGGACUGAUCGGAUUAUCCAAACAUUCUCCCAAAAAGUGUAUCAUGGAGAUCUUCCCCUCGGAGGAUGGUACUAUGGUCCAAUAUGUCAGUCCCAACUGUUCUUGCUGCCCGAGAACGCCCACAUCGGAGAGAAGAAAGCUGGCGUCCAAGACGAGGUCGGCGCAGCUGGGCUGCUAG